AUGCCGGAUCUACCGAGCAAAGUUAAUGAAUCUAGUUUGAUACCAUUUAUUCUUGGGCUUAUCCUCGGUCAACUUUCUGUCUUCAUAUUCUUACUUCUCGUAUUCAAAUUUUUCAUAUUUGGGAACUCUCCAUCUCCAGACAUCAUUGCCCAUCAGCGGACCACUGAACGCCAGUCAUCUACCCAAGCCCAAAAGCGCUCCCUACUCUCAAAUCGCACCACGGCACUUAAUACCAAUACGAUUUUGCCAAAAAAAACACGAAACAGUUUACUCAGAAGCCCACCUUUACUUUCCACACGCGUUAUUCUUAAUAAGACCUCGUACGACGUCAAUUCUCACCGGCCUGAAAGUUUAGACUGGUUCAAUGUCCUAAUUGCCCAAACCAUCGCGCAAUUCCGUGCAGACGCUCAAGACGAUGAUGCCAUAUUGACAUCGUUAACAGAGGUCAUGAAUGGAGGCUCACGUCCGGACUUUAUAGAUGAGAUAAGGAUUACAGAAAUUUCCUUGGGCGAAGAGUUUCCCAUCUUGAGCAACUGUCGAAUAAUUCCGGUAGAUGAAGAUGGUCUGGAACUGGAGCAAGAGGUAGACUACGGUAAAAAUGCUACUCGGGAUUCGGGUCGUUUGCAAGCAAGGAUGGAUGUUGAGUUGAAUGAUGUUAUCACUCUUGCGUUAGAGACCAAACUCCUGCUUAACUUUCCGAAGCCUCUUUUUGCUGUGUUGCCUGUCGCCUUAUCCGUGAGUGUAGUGCGCUUUUCGGGUACCUUAAGCGUUUCUUUCAUUCCGGGGAGUCCUCAGUCAGCUACACUGUUAGCUUUCAGUUUUCUGGACAACUAUCGCCUUGACCUAAGCAUCCGUUCGUUGGUAGGUAGCAGAUGUCGACUACAAGAUUUGCCAAAAAUAUCGCAGUUAGUAGAGAAUAGGCUUCAUGUGUGGUUCGAUGAGAGAGCUGUGGAACCUAGAUUUCAACAAAUUGAAUUGCCAAGUCUAUGGCCACGCAAAAAGAACACACGUGGUGGCGAAGAUGAACAGGAUAGAUGUAUCGAUGGGCUAAUGCAGAGGAGUAAUACGGUAAAAGAAAUGAGGAGCAAAGAGAUGGAUAACAGUUUGAAUGAGGAGAUAUUAAGGGACUUGCCCGUAAAUUGUAGGGUCACAAACUCAAAUGUAAACAUUGGGAACGAUGAAGGAGGCCUUAAAUGCAGGAAACCAACGCACGGAAACUAUUCAUCGAUAAAUAGCCCGCCCAGCCUGAGUAUAGCCUGA